GCAGCAGAAACCGGCUCAUUAUCCGAGAAGCCGGGAACACGAAAGGGGUCCAGUAUUUUACAUUGCAAUGGCCGGACACUGCGGGAGAAGUUCAUCCGUAUUACUACGGGCUCUGCUGGAGACCGAGAGCCGGCCAUGCCAGGCUGUUAUCAGGAGAGUGCAGAAGCAGCACGGAGUCAGACAUUUGAGUUCAUGUGGGAUUCUGGUUUCUCAAUGCACUCGAUUACCUCAACCUUCGCCCAUGCUUGUACAGACACGGUCCUUCCUUAACCUUGCGUUACCAAUCCUAGGAAAUAAGCGUAUGGACUACGCCGAGUCCAAAGUGCUAGGGUAUUCCAUAGAUCAGAUGUUUGACAUCGUUGCUAACGUGGAAGACUACAAGAUGUUCGUGCCAUGGUGCAACAGCUCUAAAAUCCUCUCUAGUCGCAAUGGGGUGACCCGGGCCGAGCUGGAGGUGGGCUUCCCACCCAUCGUGGAACGAUACGUUUCUGAAAUCACAGUAGUACCCCAAUAUAAAGUUCGGGCUGUGUGUCAUGAAGGGAAGCUUUUCAGCCAUCUUGAGACGGUUUGGAGGUUUAGACCAGGACUUCCCGAGAGACCAAACACAUGUACACUGGAUUUCUAUGUGUCAUUUGAAUUCAAGUCUUUGCUUCACUCUCACUUAGCCACAGUUUUUUUCGACGAGGUGGCUAAACAGAUGGUGACAGCCUUCGAAAACCAAGCUGCCAAAGCAUAUGGACGUCAGACCAUCCCAUUGCAGUCCAAAAAGCUUCGAGCUGUGCAGUAAUCACUCAUGAACUUUAUAAACUAUCUUCUGUCCUAUGGAUCAGAAUUAUGAAUAUAUAUAUAUAUAUUUACUAAAAUGGAACACAUCAAGACUUUGCACAUACCUCCCUUCAUUUAUUUAUAUGUAUUUAAAAGGGAUGCCCUAAAAUUAACUUAUUUAA